AAUUCAAACUCACAUUUCGGACGGAAAGGAGCAGCAAAAACAAUCAACAAAUUUUGAAAUUUUACGUCUUUUCCAAAUUUAGUAUAAAUUUCUUGUUUAAUUUAUAAAAAGAAAAAAUUAAGUCAUGGAUUACGGUGCCGGUAAUGGAAACGGAAACUUACAAUAUCAAUCAAUGGAGGGCUAUGGCAUGUCCACGCCCGACGGCCAGGCGCCUGAGUUGGGUCAGGAAUAUAGUCAACCCCAGAGCUAUGGAGGCGGUGGCAUGCAGUCCUAUGAUGACUCGAGGAAUUGCCAAAGUGGAUCCGCUUCCUUCGGGGGUCCCGGCUAUCGCAGCCCCCUGCGUUACACCAAGGUCAUGCGAGAGAUGAACUCUCGCAACGGACUCUACUCUCCAAUGGAUCAGCGUUCGGGCCGAGGCAAUGGCGAUUAUUACAGCUCUUUGCCGGGCAUUGGUGGAGCCGAUGCUCAAAUGUAUGGUCAGCAGCGUAAUGGCGCUCAUCCUUAUUACUAGUCCUGCGUACUUGUCAUACAUAUUAAUAUAAUGUUCGCUUUCAAAUCAGACUUUAGGUUACUUUCUUAAUAAAUGAUUGAAAAAAUA